UUUGUAUUUUUGUCCUCACCCAGUCUCCGUACAGUGCACGUCUCUGAUUGGUCAAUACGCGGUCCAUGCCAAAUACAAUCGUUUGGAGAACGUCUAUCGGAUCACAGUCAAGAUGAGUCUGAGGAAGCAAACCCCGAGCGACUUUCUGAAGCAGAUAAUCGGGAGACCUGUGGUGGUCAAACUGAACUCUGGUGUCGAUUACAGAGGUGUCCUGGCCUGCCUCGAUGGUUACAUGAACAUUGCCAUCGAGCAGACUGAGGAGUAUGUGAAUGGGCAGCUCAAGAACAAGUACGGAGAUGCUUUUCUGAGAGGAAACAAUGUCCUUUACAUCAGCACCCAGAAGAGGAAAGCGUAGUGAAGACCGUUCUGUUUUUCAUUUUUAUUUUACAGUGGUUGAUGCGUCAGUGGAUUACUGUCCUGUUUUUGGUUCUGUAAAGCCUGAAGUCCUGAAGAAUGUUGAGUUUUGUGAAAGUGGAAUUAGUUAAUAAACUCUGAGUUUUGAUUUAUGUCUGAUAUGGUUAAUAUUAUUCACACAUUAUGGUGUUAACAUCACAGGUAAAAUGAUAACCGGUAUUUUUUUCUGUUCUCAAUUGUUCUUUGUAAAAAUGGAGAUGAAAGUUUGAACUAACAGUAUCAUUUCAACAGGCCUCAUUGAGAAAAGAAAAGGUCAUUCCUUUGCAGAGUUGUUCGUAUUGUAAUAUCAUGUGAUUAAAUUCUUGACUAUA